AUGAAAUUAGAGAAUAAAAAUUUCAUUCAGCUCUUGGUUCCAAACCAAGCAGUGCGUUUAAUAACUAACACAAUCUUUCCUUGUGCGUUAGUCAAUAUUCCUAAUAAUUAUUCGCCUAACGUUUUGAAUAGGACUGAUGGUAAUAUUCUGAGCAGGCGUGUUAUAUCUCAGCGAAAGCUUCGUGAAAGUAUCAAUCGUGGUUAUGAAAAGCUUCGAAACCUGAUUCACUUUGGGUUUGCUAUGAGUAAGGCAGACUUGUUGCAGAAUGCCGCCACUCUUUUAGAAAAUCAACAAAAUAAGAUAUCUUUGUUAUCAGCAGAAAACAUUUACCUUGUUGGACUCGUUGAAAAAUUAAAAGAGUACUAUAAGAAUUAUAUUCGUCUGAAUGAAAAACUUGAUGAGAAAAAAAUUGAAAUCGAUCGUCUGAAUUUAAAACUUGAUGAGAUGGAAAAGUUGAGUAAAUUUCAAGAAAAUUACAUCAAAAAAUUGGAGGACGGAGAGGGAACUCUUAUUUUUCAAUUAUACGAUAUAAUUGGACAGCAACAAAACGAAUCGAACAAGAGAAAAUGA